UUCGUGUUUCAUACGGAUCCCGCCGGGGUCAUGCAUUUACGUGUUCGCUUACAAUUGGGUGGCUUUAUAUCGAUCGGCCGGGUCUAACCGCUUACUUAUCUGGCCGUGUGACCUCGGCUGCUGUCAUCCUGAGGCGGACAGGCUUACCGUCCCGUUGAACCGUUGUCCAUAUGUGUCAUCUACAGCUGAGGACGUUACUUUUUGUAGCCUGGGUGGUUGGCUACAUUGCAUUUUUACUGUGCAUGCGGAGGAUGUGGACGGGGAAGUAUGUGAGGAGCCCCCUGGCCCGGUCCAUGCUCACCAACAUGGUGAGCGACAUGGAGGAAGCUGGACUUGAAACACAAGAGUGGUACCAGUGCUCCACCGACCUGCUGGGGGAAGCGGUCCGGCCGCUCUUCAUCCAGAGCCACUUGGACUCUGACACCCAGGCCUUCCUCAAGCACAGCGUCGACAAGUCGGGCUGGCUGUUCACCCAGCUCUACCACUCGUUCAUGUCCACCGUGCUCAGCCCAGUGGUCUCUCGCACCUCCAUCAACGGGCUGCUGAGCCGGGGCUCCAUGUUCGUGUUCUCCCCCGAGCAGCUCCGCCGGCUGCUGCGGAUCUCCCCCGAGUGGCGGGCCGACCGGCUGCUGGACCUGGGCGCCGGCGACGGCGGCGUGACUGAGGUGAUGGGGGCGCACUUCCGAGAGGUGUACGCCACGGAGGUGUCGCCCCCCAUGAAGUGGCACCUCCAGAGGAGGAAUUACAAGGUGCUGUCUGUGGAGGAGUGGGAGCGGACCGGUUUCCAGUACGACCUGAUAAGCUGCCUGAACCUGCUGGACCGCUGCGAGUCUCCUCUGGAUCUCCUCAAGGGGAUGCAGCGCUCCCUGGUGGCCGGCACUGGGAGGGUCAUCCUGGCUUUGGUGCUCCCCUUCCAGCCCUACGUGGAGAUAGGAGGGAAAUGGCAACGUCCCAAAGAGCGCCUGCAGGUGAAGGGCAAAACGUGGGAGGAGCAAGUGACCAGCAUGUCCAAUGACGUGUUCCGGGAGGCGGGGCUGGAGGUGGAGGCGGUCACUCGGCUGCCAUACCUCUGCGAGGGGGACAUGUAUAAGGAUUACUACGUGCUGGACGACGCUGUGUUUGUCCUCAAGGCCUUGGAGAAGCACUGAUGAACGUCCGCUCCUUUACCGACGGGCUCAAGAUGACUGGGGCGGUUUUAUUGAGGGUUUUCGGUUGGGGCCGAUUUUAAGUGUUUUGGCCAAAAAUAAUAGGUGUACAGUGUAUUAAUAGCUUUUAGUUUAAAACAAAAGUGUCAGUCCGGUUUACAGCUCAGGUAGCGCCUUCAUUUACAAGCCAUCGGCACAGAGAUGAGACCUCUUAAUUUUUAAUCAAAAUAAUAUAUCUGAAUGGCAGUUUGCCACAAAAUAUACAGUACAGGGUUAUUGGAUGGUCUGAGAAUGGCUAUGUUCUAAGACAUAUCAUUGUGAUAUGGAGUUAUUUUGUAAAAAUGUCUUGUGGUACGCUUGUGGUAUGGUUCACAAUAUCUUAAUGUGUAUACUGUAUUAUCAAUGGAGAGUAGCUUAUCAUUUAGUUUACAUAUUGUGUAAACUAUAUGACCAAUACAUUCCAGUGCAGAAUGCAAAGGAUGAAUGUGUAUUGGAUGUUACAGGUUUUAAUUUGUCGGGUGCAUUUUCUUUCUGUAAAAAAUGCUUACUUGAUAGUGACGAUAAAAGCAAUAUUAGGCAAAUACUAAGCCAACAAUGUGCAAAACGUGCCAUAACAAAAGUGUACAAUAAACAUGUGCCACAUUAAACAUGCUUUGUAUUGCACUGAAUCUGGUUUCA